UGACAAAAUUCAAGAAAAUCUGACAUAAAUGAACAACAACACAACAUGUAUUCAACCAUCUAUGAUCUCUUCCAUGGCUUUACCAAUAAUUUACAUCCUCCUUUGUAUUGUUGGUGUUUUUGGAAACUCUCUCUCUCAAUGGAUAUUUUUAACAAAAAUAGGUAAAAAAACAUCAACGCACAUCUACCUGUCACACCUUGUGACUGCAAACUUACUUGUGUGCAGCGCCAUGCCUUUCAUGAGUAUCUAUUUCCUGAAAGGUUUCCAAUGGGAAUAUCAAUCUGCUCAAUGCAGAGUGGUCAAUUUUCUGGGAACUCUAUCCAUGCAUGUAAGUAUGUUUGUCAGCCUCUUAAUUUUAAGUUGGAUUGCCGUAAGCCGCUACGCUACCUUAAUGCAAAAGGAUUCCUUGCAAGAGACUACUUCGUGCUAUGAGAAAAUAUUUUAUGGCCAUUUACUGAAAAAAUUUCGCCAGCCCAACUUUGCUAGAAAACUAUGCAUUUACAUAUGGGGAGUUGUACUGGGCAUAAUUAUUCCAGUUACUAUAUACUACUCAGUCAUAGAGGCUACAGAAGGAGAAGAAAGCCUAUGCUACAAUCGGCAGAUGGAAUUAGGAGCCAUGAUCUCUCAGAUUGCAGGUCUCAUUGGAACCACAUUUAUUGGAUUUUCCUUUUUAGUAGUACUAACAUCAUACUACUCUUUUGUAAGCCAUCUGAGAAAAAUAAGAACCUGUACGUCCAUUAUGGAGAAAGAUUUGACUUACAGUUCUGUGAAAAGACAUCUUUUGGUCAUCCAGAUUCUACUAAUAGUUUGCUUCCUUCCUUAUAGUAUUUUUAAACCCAUUUUUUAUGCUCUACAUCAAAGAGAUAACUGUCAGCAACUGAAUUAUUUAAUAGAAACAAAAAACAUCCUCACCUGUCUUGCUUCGGCCAGAAGUAGCACAGACCCCAUUAUAUUUCUUUUAUUAGAUAAAACAUUCAAGAAGACAUUAUAUAAUCUCUUUACAAAGUCUAAUGCAGCACACAUGCAAUCAUAUGGUUGACUUUUGAAUGGAAAACCCCACAAUAUAGAAAAGCAUUCAUGUGACUUUAUUAGGGACACUAAACUACAUCAUUAACAUGUCACAGCUUGGUUGACAAUAAUCACCAAGAAAAUCUCUUUGGUUUUUAAAAAUAAAUAAAUAUAUAUUCAUAAAACUC